GGCUUCAGUGAGCUUGCAGCGGUGCCAGUGGGUGGACGCGGCCCGGCGGCGAGCAGAUCUCCCCCUGGGUGCCGAGCCGUGACGCAUCAUGUGCAAGUUCAACUUGGUGGACGCCAUCAGCACGAGUAUCGACCCGCUCUCGGGAUGGAUGGAGCAGAAGUUUCCGCAGGCGGCCUGGGAGUACCCGAUGGUGGCGCCGCCGGCCCUGGAGCAGGGCGGGCCACUGUGCGGGCCGGCUGCCGAGGCCGACUCCGGCCUCCCGGACGACCUGCAGGACCUGUUUCUGGACAGCGAGGACGUGAGCGUGCCGGCGCUGCCCUGUGACGACGCCAACACCCUGCUCGAGGACCUGAUCUCGGGCUCUGUGCGCGAGAACCCGCAGCUGUUCGGCGACCUGUCGCCGGCCGCCGGCUCGCCGCCGGACAGCGACGGCGCCGGCUCGCCCGGCCUGGAGCCGGCCACGCUGCUGGCCUCGCCCGGCUACAACUACACGCUCAGCCCCGGGCCCCCGCAGCAGGUGUCUCUGGAGGCGUGGGUGCCGACGCUGUCUCCGUCGCCGGGCGACCCGAACUCGCCGCUGGGUUUGUCGGACGGCUCUGCCGAGCUACUGGCGGCCCCGGACUGGUGUCCGAGUCCGGAAUCGCCGCCGGUCAGUCGGCGCGCGCCCCGGCCGCGGCCCUACGACAAGCCGGGCCGUCGCCAGGCGCUCACCGAGGAGGAGCGCCGGCAGCGCAAGAAGGAGCAGAACAAGAACGCCGCCACACGCUACCGCCAGAAGAAGAAGGAGGAGCACGACAUGGUCAGCGGCGAUCAGGAGGUGCUGGAGAAGCGCAACAAGCAUCUGCGCGAGCGCGUCGGCUCGCUCACCAAGGAGCUGGCCUACCUGAAGGAGCUGAUGCGCGAGGUGCUGCGCCACAAACGCGUCGUGUGACGCGGCCGGCCGCCGUCUGGGACCCAGUACAAAGGGAGCAGGCGCGCCGCCAGACCGCGAGGGACUGCGACGCUGCGGGAGCCGGUGGUGCGGUGGCCGCGUGGCGGCGGCCGUCGCGCCCGGCCGCGUGACGGCCCGGCCCGAGGGAGCCGCGCCGGCGGCCGCCGCCGCGCCGCCGCCGCUGACCACUUCUCAUCUCUAGGUUUAGUUCUGUUUACGUCGAUUGUACGUCUUUAGCGCGGAGGUGCUGCAUGCGAGGCGCGCGCGGCCGAGUUAUUAGUCGGUAGUUGGAGCGGGCUUGUGCAUACUACGCAUCGCGUUGCGCCGCUGUGCCGGGCGGGUUGUAGACGUCGGAAAGGUCAUCACGGCGGGGCAUUGUUUCGGAUGCUGUGCCGUGACGCAUGGGCUCCAGAUCAAGGUUGUAAGGACUGAAUUCGGCAAAGUCCAUUAUUUUUCAUCAUGGACGCAUCUCAUUGUGGAAGCUGCUGGCAAUCUUUCCCUCCUCCUCCAUCACACAUGUUCGUGGACGACAUUUCGCGAUAGGCUGAGUGGGGCAGCGCGCCACAGGACCUUGACGAGAUCAGGCGUUAGCCAAUCGGUUCCAUUGCACCGGCUGUCAGCACCGAUGCGACGCGCCAGUGGAGCGGUUGCUUUAUGGUGGACGGUAAAAAUCGGGCUGAGUUUUUUUUCUUCAAAUGGUUGUGAUGAGAGUCGCAAAACGUCCAACGGGCAAUGCACACUCAUUGGAACUAUCGCAUCGCGUCUCAUUCAAACAUUACUCAUUCCGCAUGUUCAUCUUCGUGACGUUUUUACAAGGGAGCUCUGUUGUGCGCGCGCAGCGUGGGCGAUACGUAGUAUGCACAUGUCGGUCAGUUCCGGGCGGGCCGCCGCUAUGAGCCCGGAACUCUAUCCCCUCUCUGUUUCUCUUCGAGUCUGUCCUCGUCCGCGCGACUGUCCGCCGCUGCUGGCGCGGCCGGACCGGCCCGCGCGCCGGCGCCGCCGGCCGCGUCCCGGCCGCGCCCAGAUAACAGUACACGAGGUGGCGGCUACUCGGGUGUAUUUCGGUGACGAGCGACGAGGCGAGCCGGGGCGGAGCCCGCGGACGAGAGCCGGGGAGGAGGGGCGGCGUGACGGCGUCGGGGGAGUCGCCGCGUUACGCCGCGUGUGACGAGGUGUUGAGGCCGAGAGGGUACAGUCACAAGACGUGGCGUCUCACCCGCCGCGGAUUCGGCGUGCGCAGUGAACGAUCGGCUCGGCGCGCGCAUGCGGGAAGGUCUGCCGGCGGCAGGCGGGCUGGACACGUCCGACAUCCUCUGGUCGGAGUCGCCACGACUGUUUGUGUACCUCAAGCGGUGGCUCAAAGGUCAUAUUGCAGUUUGGUCCCCUAUCGGUAUAAACAACAGCGGGUUUGAUAUCAUAUCCGGCGUGAGCAAACGAACGAUGGUCUAGCGAGAAAGCUCGCUGAUAAAACUCGCGAGACGUUAGGUCAGACUAUUGACACUGACCAUGUGUUUGCACUUCGUUCUUCACACGCUCUAAUGGGUGUUAAGCUAACUGGAUGGCGCAAUCCGUCUUGCGUGCGUUCUAAUGGUUGCAAGCUGAUGAGAAGGCGCACUUUACUGACCAUACCACCGCACUUUUUAUUGCCGGUUUAUAGUUAUUUUUGUCGCGCGGCCAGGCCUCGCCUGGCGUAAUAGUGUGGUACGUGUGAUGAGGCGCGCCUGUCGCAUCGCUCGGCGCGCCUCUGCGCGGCGGCUCGACCUUGAACGACCUUGACCGCGCGACCUGGCGCGGCGGCACGGAAAACCAGACGGGACGGCGGUCAACUGCAUCCGGUGAGGGCGAUCACAACGGUGGCCAACGGUUCGGUGCUGCGAUGGAACGGGAUCGUUGGCUGGUUUGGGGGAUGGGGAAGCCCUUGACGAUUUUCUUCGCUGUAUGGACGCAUAUCGUCUCUGUAGGCGAUGACAAGAAAGCAGUGGGCAAGGCACUGCAGGCCCUGGACCCACGGAUGAUUGCAAUCGACUCGCUAUCGGAGGAGGAUGCCACGGACGUGCGGAGCUUGAAUGCAGCACUUCAAAGGGAGUUCGGCACCUCAUCGAGGUGGUUUCAGGGCAAUUUCGAGAAACGCUGUGAAUAUUCCGAAAUAAACGUACAGUACGCUA